UAAUUCUCUGCCAAAAUACUGUACUGCACGGCAUUGCAUUGGUAGAGAGGUAAAGUUUUGGUUUUCUCAGAGAGCUGAAAGAGGUGUCUCUCAGAAGCUCACUGUUUCACUGAUUUUGAGGCAGUCUAGAGAGAGAACGAAGAGUGCCUCACAAGUUUCACAGUUCGCCACAUACCCAUUUCCCCCCUCCUCUCCGGAAGAAAUCCGCCAUUGUUGACGUUUCAGAGCUCCUCGAGAGAUUCAGAAGCUUAUGGUUUUGCAGGGGUCGGCUUUUCGGAACGGCGAUUCGAAAUAAUGCUGAGGAAGAGAACAAGGUCAGUUCAGAAAGAUCAAUACAUAAUGAAUCAGCUGAAUGCCCCUUGUUCUGGUUCUGAGCUCCAUCACCCAAAAUGUAGCUCUAUUUUCAAAAGAUGUCACCUGUUUACUGGGUUGUCUCCUAAAGGUUCAGAUUCUGAUUCAGCUAAAAGUCCAACUUCUCCUCUGGAUUUUUGGGUGUUUUCAGGUUUAGGAAACCCUCUUAGAUCUCCUAGAUCAUCAUCCAAUGAGGGGCAUAGAAAGAACUGGGAUUCUAGUAAAGUAGGAUUAAGCAUCAUAGAUUCUCUAGAUGAUGAUAGUAAACUAUUUGGGAAAGUUCUUCGAUCGUCGGAUAGUAAGACUGUUCUCUUUGGACCCCGAAGUGUGGCCAAGACUGUGAAUUGCCCAUCAUGGGCAAAUCUUUUCCAGGGACCUAAAUCCUUGCCCAAAAACUAUGCAAUUUCUCCCCUACUGAAGACCAAAUCUCCCAUUGAACAGGGAAACUCUGAUGUUAUUUUCGAAAUUGGAGAAACCCCGUUAGAAUCCGAGCCUUUUGGGAAAAACUAUUCUCGUUCUUUCGAUUCCUAUAGGUCGUUUGCUCUUCCAUCUGGUUUAACUGGUCACAGCCUAGGUAGUAGUACUACUACUGAGAGCCUUGCUUCUCCUCGGUUGGCUGAUGAACAUCGAGAUUCAGAAAAAUGUCCUCUGGCAGAACCGUGUUUAGUUUCUUUAGGUGUAUCCGGUUACAAUGGAUUUAAGAGGCCUCUCUCGGCAACUGAGAUUGAGCUGUCUGAGGAUUAUACAUGUGUAAUUUCACAUGGUCCGAACCCGAAAACUACUCAUAUUUUUGGUGACUGCAUUUUAGAAUGUCACUCUAAUUAUUUGAGCUCUUCUUCUGAGAAUGAAAUGAAGGACAUUGGAUUGCCCCAUCCUGUUAAAAGCUUGGAUAUCUCCACUUCAUAUUCCUUAAGCGACUUCUUAAGCUUCUGCUACUCCUGUCACAAGAAACUGGAAGAGGGGAAAGACAUCUACAUUUACAGGUUCACCCAAGAAAAAUCUUUCCGCCUUUUAAACGAUUUUGACGAAGAACUAACUCAUCGUUGUUGCAGGGGGGAGAAAGCCUUCUGUAGCCUAACCUGCCGUUCCCAGGAGAUAUUGAUGGACGAAGAACUUGAGAAAUCCAUCGACAAAACCUCCGAAACUUCUCCCAAGUCCAAUGCUGACCACGAUGAGGACCUCUUCGGAAUCAGCAUUGGAGGCUUUGCAUAAGCGCUCGUUUCCAAUGGCCAAUCACCAUGCCCCUAGUUGACGAACAUGUCGAAGGAGACGCACACCCUUUUGGUCAUCUGUUUGAAAAGAGCUGUUUUUAUGUCCAUUGGUGGCAGCCAUGGAUGAUCAUUUUUGUAAAAUGUUGGUGUUCGUCUUGCUUUGCUUCACUUCUGAUGGUCAUGGUGGAUGACAAGCUUCUACUUUUGCUCUGGUUUUUUUAUUUUUUUUACAUAAAAAUUGACUGUGAAUGCCCUGUGAGCCUGCUUUUUGUGGCUCCUUUUUUGAGUUUUUAAUUUUUCUGGCCUCAUUUAUGAUUUAUGGCCAGAAAUAAAAGAUGAAGAUGUAUGGACCUGAAACUCCAACCAGCUUUGACUGAAUAGAAUAGCAACUUCAGUUCUCCAUAUUAUACAA